AUGAUCACUCUUGUUGUCUACCUGUUCUUGAUCUGCUUCGCUGUAUGUGCUGGUAACGUGGUGGAACUUGACGGCGAGAAGUUCGGAAGCAUAAGGAGCGGAUUGGGGUCGAGAAACAUGCUCGUGCUCUUCUACUCGUCUCCCGUCAACUCCAAGGAGUCAGAGGCUUCCGUGCAAGUGUGGAAGCAAGUGUCCUCUCCCCUUUCAGGUCUUGUGGACGUGGGCAUGAUCAACUGCGACGACUUUCUGGAUGAUUGCUUGAGCGUCAAGGUAGCGCAUUUUCCUCAGACCAUCCUCUACAUGGCAGGCGAUCCGAUCAUGUACUCGGGCCCCAUGACCGCCAAGGCCAUCUUCCUCUUUGUCACCAACAAUGUCCUCCCUCCCGUCGCCCAGCUCAGCACCCGUUUGUUGGAUUGGUGGCUCCAGACAGAGGUGAAGGGAAGGAAGGCUGUCAUCUGCUUCCAUGACAAGUUCGAGCUCCCGCACUCUAUCUCGGCCAUUGCGACUAUGUUGAGAUCCUCGCACGCGUUUGCUGAGAUCCGGUCCUUGUCCUCUGACGUCCGCGAGCGGUUCCGCGUUGAGUCCCUUCCAGCCGUUGUCAUGGUGAAUGCGACGAGCGGAACUUUCAUCUCCUACAAGGGGGAGAUGAAGCGCAAGGAGCUGGUAGAGUUCCUGAGAGGAAGCGCAGUUGAUGAGAACCGAGGGACGAGAAUAGAUGAGUCGAUCGCACCAGCUGAAACAUUUGGGAUGAGUCAGUUGACCCAUGAGACCUUCCGGACAUUGUGCGACGAGGUUUGUUUCAUCGUUUUUAUUCCUCAUGGGAACGACAAGGAGACUUUGAAAGAGCGAAGGAAGCGUAUGAAAGUUGCGAACGAAGCCCUUACGUUCCUCAAGAGCUUGAAGAAAAGAUCGGGAACGGCCAAGUUUGUCUGGGCUUCAUCUGCUCAGGAAACUCUUUAUAAUGCAUUCAAAGGUCUUGUACAGGCAGACCCAGCUUUUGUCGUCUGGAAAGUCAGAAGGAACAGAGCUGCUGUGCUCCCCGCUCCUCUCACCGCGGAGAACUGCAAGUCCUUCCUUGAGAGCAUUGAGGGAGGCAGCGCAACAUUCCAUUCUCUUGCUCUGUCUCCCGAGAAGACACUUGGGAUGGAGGAUGAGCAAGAAGAGCUCUUGGAGCAGCAAACAGAAGGAGAUUCGAUGCUUCCUCCUGGUCUCGUGGACUGGAGCUACCCUACGAACAUCAUGCAGGAGAAGCAGGGAGCCGACAUGCCGUCCAAGAAAGGCUCGGAGGAUGAGGCGGAUGCAGACGCUCUUCUCAUCUGA